AUGAAGCAAUUCAACGAGAUUGCUAUAGAAUGCAUAUCAUUAUUCAAGAAAAACUUGUUAUUUGAAUAUCAAUCCAAUAAACAACUUGUGGAUGCAUUCCAAGUAAUUGAGAGGUCUAUUGUAGAAAGUAAAGCACACAUGCGUAACAAUAGCAUGAUAAAACCUGUAUUAAGGAUAGGAAAGGCCAUGAACAACUUAAUGAAAAUCUCUGAUGCUUGUAUCCUGAGUAUUUUUGAUAUUUGCAAUCCCUUCAGGUAUAAUAUUAUUAAACUUCCCAAUAGCCAGACAGACUUUCAGAAAAAGAUGGAUCAGAUAUUUAAGAUUCCACAAUAUUAUGGAGGACUUCAACAACACAAGUAUAGAAUAAGUAAAUACAACACCGGUGAACGUUCUAGUCAGAAAUUGCCGAGUGUUUACGCCGCAAGUAUUACAAAAUCAUUAAUGAAUCUUAUUUCAAGGUCAAAAUCUUUCAUAAAGCAAACUUUUGGUAUAGAUCAGAACAUUUUUGAAAUCGAAGAAUACAUAAUACCAAAAGUAUUCACCUCUAUACUAUCCAAAAGUCUUUUAUCUGAACUUUGUACGGAAAACGGGUGUAUUGAUCUAGAAAAUAUCGUAAAUGAAAUAACCAAAAACCAUCCAGAACUCACUUCAAUAAAAGCCACUGAUAUUAGAAGAACAGAGACCACGCAGGUGUCUUCACAAUCAUUCAGGUCGCAAUUUGAAAUUGAAUUCGAGACAAUAAAUAAACCAAACAAAGAAUUAAGAAAACACAUUUUCGUUGCUCAAGCAAAUUUUAUCCCAAAAGAUGAGGCCACACGCUUCAAAUGGAUCUUUUCAGGGCUUGUAUGGGCCAAGUUGAAUUAG